AUGAGAGAAGAUAUGUAUCAAAAAUUUGAUGAAGAAUUAAAAAUUAACGCUGAAAGGAAAAAAUAUUUUAAUGAAUUAAAAGAAAAAGAACAAUAUGAAAACAAUAUGAAAAAUUAUAAUGAUAUGAUAGAAGAAUUAGAACAACAACAACUUUAUAAUGAUAAUAUGGAAGAAUAUAACGAUAUGAUAGAAGAUAUUAAUGACAAUUUUGAAAUUAAUACUAAAGUAACAUACGAUAAGGAAAAUAAAAUAGUUUAUGCUGAUCUAAGAUGUGGUUUUAGAGAAAAAUUAAGAAGAAUUCAAUUAGUAAGAGAUUAUUUUAACGAUUUAAUUAAAACCACUUUAUCAACUACUGAUAUACUUUAUAAUUAUCACCUUUGUCAAGAUGGAUGGAAAUCUUAUAUGUUAAAUACUCAAGACGCAAUUGAUGAAUUUCUUAAUUCUGUUUCUGAAGAAUAUAUGGGUUUUAUUAAUAAACAAGAAGUUAAUGAUGGUAUAGAUUCUACUUUUUCUGUUAAACAAACUAUUCCAGAACCACUAUUCUUUCUUGAAUUAAGAAUUUCUCCAUAUCAUUACGAAGAAGAUCUUAUUCAUCAAUAUAAAACUACGGGUGGUUCUUUCUUCCCAUACAGAUAUAAAGAAGAAUUCAGUAUAUUUGGAAAUAUCUUGCUAAAGCACAAAUAUUCAGUUCAUUAUUUGAUAAAAAUGGAAAGAUUAGAUUAG